AUGUCUACCCUGCCAGCCGGUAAGGGCGAUUGUGAUAAAGCUGGGAGGCAGAAAAGCCGUCAUACUGGGUACGACACGUACGUGCUGCCGUGCGUGGCCGAGUUUUUUGGGACUGGACUCUUCGUAUUCACCGGCUGCGCUUCGCUGAUAGAAAACUCACCGGGAACAGGCAGGCUUCAACCGGCAGUAGCGCAUGGAGUUGCGCUCGCUAUUUCUGUAGCCAUUACGGCAGGAGUGAGUGGUGGACACAUAAACCCUGCGGUGUCACUAGGAGCUGCCUUAUGUGGAGGUCUGAAUGCCAUUCUGCUUAUUCCCUAUUGGGUGGCUCAGUUCUGCGGAGGGCUGGUCGGGGCUGGCUUAGCCAGGGCCGUGUCGUCUCACGGAAAUUUCAUCAACGCAACGGGUGGGGCCUUCACUUCCGUCAGGACGGACGGACAGGUGGCCGGUGCCCUGGUGGCUGAGAUUGUCAUGACAUUCUACCUGGUCCUGACCGUGUGCAUGGGCGCAAUCAACACGCAGAGCAAGACGCCCCUCGCCCCCUUCUGCAUCGGGCUCACGCUCACCGUUGCCAUUCUGGGAGGGGGUGGUGUGUCGGGUGCCUGUCUGAACCCGGCCAGAGCCUUCGGCCCAGCAGUGGUGGCUAACUACUGGCCCUAUCACUGGGUGUACUGGGUUGGGCCUCUCAUUGCCGCAGUGCUAGUAGGAGUGGUGCUCAGCCCCAUGCCCCAGCAGGUCAUUCUGACACCGGGUCCACAGCUCCACUGUUGCUACCUGCGAGCACAUGACAGCUUGCUGGUCCCCCGCUGCCACCUCACUGCUCUGAAGGCACCGCUGGGCACCGUCGCCUCUCGCUGGCCAGCCCGAGGUACUGUGGGCGGUGGGGGGAGGGUGGCUGGGUGUGAGACAGCAGCAGGGGUCAGUGAUCAGACCCCUCCGCAGGCCUACAGACACUGCAACAAUGCCAAGGGCUGUCAGAGCUCAGCUACCCACAGCUACCCACACCGAUACUAA